ACCUAGCCGAUGCACUCAGGAGUAGGGGGACAAAAGGGAAAUAAGCUAAAUAAGUACAUUUUGAAUGAAAACAAAUGUUGCCCAAACAAUGCAAAAGAUUUAAACAAGGCUGAAUAAGGCUAAGAAAAACAAAAGAGGGAAAAGUAAAUAAAACACCUAACAAGUGGCAAACCAUCUAAAAAGAAUAUUUUACAGCAUUAAAUGCUGCGCUGCCACGUGCACAAACAAACGAAACAAAAAUACAAGUUUAGGUCAGUGUACCUUUUACAAUAAGAUGUUGAGCUCAACCUCAAAGUUCAGUGCAGCCAACCCUCAUCUGCCCGACACAGGUCGAAAACAGGACCUGAGGCAUGAAGAUAAUUUAUUCUUAAUAAUAAUAAUAAUAACAGUCUAUAUCUUAUGUGUGACAUGAAUGCGCAAUCUCACCGACUCGCCACGGCAUGUUUCAAAAAGCAUUGGACCAAAACCACAAUGAAAAGCAGCAACAACAAAGGAAGGGAAAAAAACAGAAAAAGCUACCGCAUAUGAGAACCAUAACUGGCUGUUUAUAUCCCAGGAUGAAUAAGUGGCAUUACGGAAGCGGGAGGCGCUGGUGUGGACCUGGAGCUACGGUGGUUAAAGGGGGGCAUUUGACUACCUGCUACAUUCAGCUUUGAUGGUUAAGACUGGAUGGUUGGUGGUACAAAUCUAGCCUUUCUCCAUAGAGUUCUCCUUGAUUCAGAUCUCAUUUAGGAGAUUGAGCUGUAUUGUUUCUUCUCGGGAGAGAGAAUAGAGGCAAAAAUUCCUGUUCACAGAAUAAUCAACAGCAGUGUUGGACAAGUUGUAAGUCUUCAACAACAUACCAUACUAUCAGUCUCUGUAGUCCGGGCUCACAGAUCGCAGAGGUGACAGUGAUUUAAAACCAAGCCAGCUGUUUGCUGGAGUGGCUCCACCUUGGUCUGCUAAUUAAUGUGAGCUGCACUGCCUUCUUUAUUUGCUCUAUAACCACACCUUAAAUACAGAGCUGGGUGGAGAGAGAGUCUCAAUAUGAUAGACACUUUAAAUAGGGAGUGACACAUAACAGCUCUUACAAAGCCUGAAAGGAGGUACAUCUGCUCACAGAGAAUCUUGUGGAUUAUUAACAUUUAUUUUGAUCCUUUUUUAAUGCACUCUACACAACUUAUUUACAUUCAGUGACGACCUUGCCAACUGGCCACUGGGAGACUUUGGCUUGCUGCUGUCUGUCUGUCUGUCUGUCUGUCUGUCUGUCUGUCUGUCUGUCUCUGCAGUCGAGUUGAAACGUCCCACAGCGAGGUAUCUGGUGCAGCAUGAAAGCCCCCAAAUACCGAUUCUCCUUCUACGCUGGUUUCCUGGUGGGAAUCAUCACGCUGUAUGUUUUCCUGCGGCAGGUGCGGUUUGAGAGCACUUUGUUAUCACAGCAUGGAACAAACCUGAACAAAGUCAGCGAUGACCAGGAACAGCUCGAGGAAGAAAUGAAGAUAUGGAAAAAGGAAAGGUCUGCCCUUUUCAAUCUGGAGCAUCCUCAUCAUCCAGGAGAGGACGGCCGCAUGGCUGAUGAGCUGUACAAAAAGGUCCGUAUUCUUUGCUGGGUGAUGACUGCACCAAGAAACCUGGAGAAGAAGACUCGCCAUGUGAAGUCUACUUGGAGUCGCCACUGUAAUGUUGUGAUUUUCAUGAGCUCUGUGGACGACCCCGAUUUUCCCACGGUGGGCUUAGGCACGAAGGAGGGUCGGGAUCAGUUGUACUGGAAAACAAUCAAGGCAUUCCAUUAUGUCUACGAGCAUCACAUCAACGAGGCGGAUUGGUUCCUCAAGGCAGAUGACGACACCUAUGUUAUUGUAGAUAACCUGCGUUUAGUUCUCGCCAACCACACACCCGAGGAACCAGUUUACUUUGGCCGAAGAUUUAAGCCCUUCGUAAAGCAGGGCUACAUGAGUGGUGGGGCAGGCUAUGUGUUGAGCAAAGAAGCUCUGCGAAGAUUUGUAGGAGGAUUUAAAACCAAUGUGUGCACUCACACUUCCUCUAUAGAGGAUGUUGAAAUGGGACGGUGCAUGGAGAAAGUUGGGGUGUUGGCUGGGGACUCCAGAGACAAUAUGCAAAGGGAGACAUUUCAUCCACUUCGCCCUGAGAAGCACCUAACACAUAAGUUACCAAAGGGCUUCUGGUAUUGGAGCUACUGCUACCACCCCAUCUCAGAGGGUCCAAACUGCUGCUCGGACCUUUCAGUGUCAUUCCACUAUGUUGGUGCUUCACAAAUGUAUUUAAUGGAGUACUACACCUAUCACCUGCGUGCCUUUGGAUACAGUUACCGUUACCAGCCGCCUGCUCCACUUGGCUAUGGUAUUGAGAAAUCUGUGGAAGGGAAAAACAGGCCAGCUCCUCAGGAAAACAGGCGAGGAGACGGGGAGGAUCAAUCCAGGACUGACAAAAGACAGAAUGUAGAUCCCCCUCAAGCAGCUGGUAAAGACCCUCCUGCUGCUCCAUCAGGGUAAAUCAGAAGGAUGUUUGGGUGUGUGAAGGAAACUUAUCAUUAGGUAGAGUGUUUAAAUGUUUGUUAAUUCAUUUUGUUGUUCUUGGCUCAUUGAGGGAAUCAUUUCACUCAUAUUUCUCAGCUGAGGCACUCCUACUUCACAGUUACUGAAGAAUUCCUUCAGGACUUUAAUUGUUGAUUAUCAGGUUUGUUUGGUUGAGCUAUAAGACAGUGUCUUCUUUAAAAAGGUGGGAACUGCUUUCUGUUAGCUUCAGUCAUUUGAAAAUAAGUGAAGCACUUUUUUUUUUAAGUAUCAACUUUCUAUAAGAACCAAGUUUUCUACAAAUCCGACAAAAUUGAUUUAACACGUUUUUUCAAAAGUAUUUUUAAACUAUGACAAACCCACCAAACUUGACGGACCACUCUGUAAAGCGAGUUCUUUUGUUUCCCGUUUCACUCAUGAACUCUUGAUGUUUUCUAUAUUAUUUCAGGACUUUCAGGCCCUUAUUGAACUUUCUUUUCACUGAUGAACCUUACAACAGGUGAUUAUGUUUGUCAGCCUCGCUCACUGAACUCAAAAGACUCGGUUUGGUUUAGAUAAGGGGGCGUCGUAGAGUAUCACAUGCAGGAGGAAGAGGAGUGUUUCAUAAUGGUGACCCUUUCCAUGGUAAUAUAACUACAACAUGUAUAAGUAAUUUCAGCAAGCAAAUACAACAGUGGGGAAAAAAAAUACAGACAACUGAGGGGAGUAGCAUAGAGAAUAAAGCCGUGAAACUCUGCUCAAUGUUAAUAAUGUUUUUGUGAAAGUACAAAAAAAGCAUUCGGAUCUGUCGAUUGUUCUGACUCAUCACUCCCUGCCCACUCCGUUUCACUAAAUGUUCCAGACAAUCAUCAAACCUGCUCACACAGACUAUAUACACAUUUAUUGCUACAGUAUUAUUUUACUAGUGGGCCGGAAGGAUAAAGUGGAAGUGAAUAGAUUUAACCAUUAGAGUUUGCCCCACUUGGACAACGUUGGGAAACUGUGAGGUGUGCAUUGCUGUUGUGAAAGUGGAUAUGGACAACUAUGUGCCUCAUAGGACAAUGAGACCCAGUUUAUUUACAUUGAGUUGAUUAAAAACUGUUGGAUUAAAACAGCCAAGAUACAUUGCAGAUGGAUCUCUAAUCUGGAGGUUUUUUUUCUGAAUUAGAUCAUUCUAAGUCAAAGUGCCUCAACUUGUGCAAUAAGUCAACACUUGUCAUGUGCACACUGCUUAACCUGGUGGUCUGUCUCUGAUUGCCUCUUCCAAACAGGAUUAGUGCAGAGUUUAAAAGGAUUAUCCUGAUGCAGGCUAGUGUCAUUUUAAAGUCAAUAUACGGUUCAAGAAUAAGUCCUUCUUUAUUUGUUGUUUGCUGUGAUUGCUCUGAGAUUUUUUUUUUUUAAAUCAAGAAUCUAAUAUGUAAGCAAUCUUUUCAGAUUUUUAGAGUUAUGCGUUUUCAUUACCAGAUUUCAGAACAGAUUCAGCUGCAGAUUAUUUUUUCUUUACUAAUUCAUCAACUAAUAAUUUCUCCAUGAGUUAAAAAUUGAUAGAAAUGUCUAAAGAAACGCCUGGUAGGACUUCCUAAAACCCAAAUAACUAGUAUUUCUAAUCAAUAGUCAAACAUUACGAGUUCACUGUUGCAUUCGGGCCAUGUCCUGUGUCAUGUUUGGCUUCUGUUGCUUCCUGUCCUGAGUAUUUGUCAAACUAUUUGAACACACCAAUUGAAUUAAUGUUUUUUUUCUGAAAGUACAAAAAAAGCAUUCAAAUCUAACGAUUGUUCUGACUCUAAAUUUAAGACAUGAUCUUGCAGCCUUAAACCAGUGUCAGAUGAAUAGGAAAUGUUAUUAAUACAUUUAACUUAACAUUUAUCCUUAAAACCUACAAGAUCAUUUAAGCCAAAGAUUUUCUCAAGAUGUGAUACAGGAUUUAAGACAGACCCAUAACUUUUAGUCUACUUUCUAUCUUAGCAAUAAUGAAGUGAAUCUUUGUAUCUCUCAUUAGUCUCUCUGUUCUUCACCUUUUUGUUCAUUUGACUAUGCCUCUGAUCAUUAGUAGGGCUUAUUAAUUCCAGACUGUGGUGAUAGGUUUCUUGUCAUGAUGCAGGGGGCUUACCAUUCAGUCCAUUCUAUGCAAGGCAGUGUAUUCCAUUUCUUUUUUUAUCUAAUUUUAUCAUACUUUUUGUGAAGUCCUAGCAAAAGAAUAAAAAUCGCCUUGUUGGGGCGCCGAUAGCCUAGAGGUUGUGAUGCAGGUCCCAUGUGUGGAGGCGGUGGUCCUCAGGGCAGUGGCCGUGGGUUUAAUAAAGUGUUUUUAAACUAAAUACAGUUUACAACACAUCACAAUACUCCAGUGUUAGAGUAUUUACUGACACACCCAGUAGUAGGUUUGUAAUAAAACACAAUCUCCUGGAAGGCCCUGGCACACACACGUCACAGCUCCCUGCAUCAGAUGACUUUUAGCUUGUGCCUUCUGAACUGAGACUAAAUGAGCCUUCUGCUACAUGGAUGACUUUGCACUGUGACUUCACCUUAAUGAGAUGGAUGCUUUCAGAUCAGCUUAAACUAUACUGAACCCUUCCAUGUUUUAAAUCUUACCUCUGGGACAGCCAGUGGAUGGUGGGUUUGUGGUGUUUUUUUUAUCAGAAGAAGAGAUUUUCUUUCUGAUAUUUUAUUUACUAUCAUGUUUGAUUUUAGAAAAAUGUGUGGGUCAGAGCUUUUUCUUUUGUUGCUAUUAUAUUAUGUAUACUUAAACAUUGUUGAAACCUACUUUGUAACCAAACAGAGAACUAAUAUUGUGAAAGAUUUAGUAAUUACCAAAUACAAGAAACCAGCUUUAGACAUUGACAGGAUUCAGUGGUUGAACGUUUUAGUUUGCAAAUGACUGCUGAUUCUUACAAGCUGCGCAUAAAAGUUCUGAGGCCCAAAACUCCUAAAAGUGGUUUCUUAUUCUAGAGAUAAACACACCAAGUCCUCACAAACCCAUUCUAAUUUUAUUAAAGGGAAAGGUGUACAGUGUGUAUUUAUAUUGAAGUAUAUUUAUGUUCCUAUCAAUGUCAAUUCAGUCAAUACCCUUGAGUGUGUAAAUGAGUUUGUGUGAGUAUGUGAGCACACAUUAUUGGUGUGCAGCAUUGUUUUCACUGAAUGGUACUUUGAUCACUAUAAAUAAAGUAUUUUAUUGUA